CUUUACCUGCUUGAAUCUUGAACAUGUCUACUACGGAAGUGCUGACGAUACAGACCGCCGAAGUCCGUGUCAAGGACUCUACGCACAAGAAGAAACACGCUCGCACUGAAAAGUCAUCCAAGACGCCACAGUCCGACCAGGAUGGGCUAGGGCCUGAGGCGGAGAGGAAAAGGAAGAGAAAGAAAGAGAAGGAUGCGGAGGCCGAAAAUCCUGGACAGGAGAAGGAUAGGAAGGCCAAAAAGCGGGCCAAACAGGAGGAUAAGCAGCUUGGCGCGCAGACUGGUGAGCCCACUCAGGCUGAACAAUCCGUCGGUGUGGAUACGCCCGAACUCUCCAAAAAAGAGAAGAAGGGAAAGAAACACAGUGGGAGCGUGAAGUCAGACGCCGAAGAACAUAUUGUUCAGGAGGAGGACAUUGGGGAGAGUCAUGAGAGGGCUACCGAGAAGGAGCUGAAGCGUGCGAGGAAGGAGGCAAGGAGGCAAGAGAAAGCAGAUCGUGUUGCGUCUAAAGAUGCAGCGGCUGUAGAUUCACCCGAUUCCGUGGAGAAGAAGAAAAACAAGGAUGAAAAGAAACGGAAACCCGAAUCUGACGAAGCCGUCAAAAAACCCAAGAAACGGCGUACUAGUACUGGUGUGGCCCAGGAUAUCCCCAAUCCCGAAGAAGAUUCUGAGCUUCCCGAACAAGCUCGCAAAGCGCUGUCGUAUGCCUAUGCUCAGUUCGCCGAUGAGACAAACUGGAAGUUCAACAAGGCAAGACAAAACUGGCUGUUACGAAACUUGUGGGCAGAGAGUAACAUGCCGGACAAGUUCAUGCCGCUCCUCAGCAAAUAUUUUGCGAAGGUCCAGGGUGGCGUCCGGGAGGCAAAACUCUCGCAGAAUCUUAUUAAAACCUGCCAAGACCGCCUCGCCAUGCCAGUCGCGGUGACCUCCUCGGAAGUCGAUACCUCACCUACUGAGGCACCUCAAAAUGUUACUGAACCAGCUUCGACCACUCUCUCUACAACAUCGGAGGCAAUGCACUCACGAGCGAGGACUAUCUUGGAGGCCCUCGGUGUCAGCUAA